UCCAUAUAUAUACACACUACAUAUAUAUAUUGUAGCUUAGUAGUUGAUAAUAUUUGAUAUUAAUUAAAAGAGAUCAUAUGAUGAGGCGUGAUAUAGUAGCAUGGUUGAUGAUGAUGGUGUUGGUGGCGUUGUUUGUGGUUGUGCCACCCACGGCGAAAGCUGAGACGAGUCCAAGCCAGUGCAAGCAAGAGCGGAACAACAUCGUGAGCGCAUGCAAGGCAGUUAUCUUCAGGCAAAGCCCUUCGGCCAACUGCUGCGCGCGGGUGAGGGAGACUCAUGUGGAGUGUGUUUGCCCCUAUGUCACCCCCAAGUUAGCCAAUCUCGUUAAUGUUGAACGUAGUAUCAAGCAAAUCCAAGGUUGUGGUAGGACUGUUCCCCGCAACUUCAAGUGCGGCAGUGUUACUACUCCACCAUGAGAGACUAUAUGUACCUACAUCUAUAAAUAUAAUAAAAUUUUAGAAUAUUGUAGGUUCAAAAUAAAUAUAUGUGGUGCUAUAAUUUUAUGGAGUAACCUCUGUUUGAUGGACAACUACCAGUUUUCUUGUGAUAAACGUCUAAUAUCUUUCCUUUUUCUUGUUUUAUCCACAGAAUAGUAUGGUUUCAUUUUGUUGUGUUUUAUAAAUCGUACGUUGUACUCAAACCUUUCUACUACUAAUAUUAGUAACUAAGGGAUACUAAUUGCCCUAUAAA